AUGUGGAUGUGGACCCAAACUGAGCGAACUAUGUGAUACCGUCAGCCCCCGCAGUUCAUCCGUCGAGUCUGCUUAUCUGUCUUCCAAAAACGUUGCUUUCAAUAGACGCUUCAACCUAGACAAUAUGGCAGCUACCUCGCCCAGUGCCAGGCUCAAGGAGCAGCUGCGGGCAAGAUUCGUGGGCAAGACGCUCUACGAAGUGCCCACUCCCUCGGUCGUGUUGGACCUUGCAAAGCUCGAAAUCAACUGUCAGCGCAUGCUUAAGGCCACGCAGAGACUCGGUUUGCUGUGGCGGGCUCAUAUCAAGUCUCACAAAACUACCGAACUCACCCGCCUCCAAGUGGGAGACACCCUCACCACACCCGUCUCAUUGAUAAUUUCAACCAUCGCCGAGGCAGAAAACAUCCUCCCCCUGCUCAAGGAAUACCAAUCCCGCGGUCGUCCCGUCAACAUCCUCUUCUCCUUCCCCCUCUUCCCUUCCGUCACCCCGCGCCUAGCCACCCUCCUCGCCCAGCUUGGCCCAAACUCCCUCGCCCUCAUGAUCGACCACCCAUCCCAACUCGGGCCCCUCUCCACCCUAAUCAACACAGCCAACCACCGCCCCCUAAUCUUCCUCAAAAUCGACACCUCCUACGGCCGCGCCGGCGUGGUUCCCAACACCCCGGCCUGCACAACCCUCAUCGCCGCCGUUUUGACCGCCGAAGAGCAAGGGCUGUGCACUCUUCAUGGCGUCUACUCGCACGCGGGGCACAGCUAUGCCGCGAGGGGCGGGACGGGCGAGGUGGCGGGGUACUUGGCGGGCGAGGUCCGGGGGCUAGUGGAUGUUGCGAGGGAGGUUGUUGCUGCUAGGAAGCGGGAGAGCGCGCUGGUGUUAUCUGUUGGUGCCACGCCGACGGCUCUGGUGGUGCAGGCGCCUGAGUUUUUGGACGGGGCUGCUAGGGAGAAAGGAGGUGCGGUAGGGGAGGUGGAGGGGUUGGUGCGGGAAUUGAGUGGGGAGGGGUUUUUGUUGGAGGUUCAUGCUGGUGUGUAUCCGACGCUGGAUAUGCAGCAGCUGGCCACACACGCUAGGGACACGUCGCUAAUGACGGCGGAUAAUAUCGCCAUCAGCGUGCUUGCCGAGGUAGCUUCUCUUUACCCCGACCGCGGCGCCAAUGGAACCGCCGAAGCCCUCAUCAACGCCGGAACCCUGGCGCUUGGCCGCGAGCCGGUGGCUGACAGAGGCAGGGUCCCUGGGCAGGACUACUCCAGUUGGGGCUUCCUGAUGCCUUGGGGCCUGGGUAACCCGACACCAGGCCCAGACUUCCCACGUGCCCACAACGGUUGGCAGGUUGGCCGCAUCAGCCAGGAGCACGGCAUCCUGAUCUGGCAAGGCAGUAAAGAAGGCGAAAUUCCGCUUGGCUACGGACAGAGAGUCCGCGUCUGGCCCAAUCACAGCUGCAUUGCGGGUGCCUGCUUUGAUUGGUACUUGAUCGUAGACAGUCGGAACAAGGGGCAUGACGACGAGGUGGUGGACGUCUGGCCACGGUGGCGGGGAUGGUGAGAGCGGUCAUAGAGAGUGCAUCUUUGACUGUUACUCAGUCACUGCUUCUCCGGCCCAAGAACCACCGGUGGUGUUACACUCGGUUCUUCGAUAGGAGUCCAUCACACGAGAGCGUACACACCCUGCCAUAUCGUCAGAAUUGGUUCCCGUUUUCUCAUCCCUUCACCAAAUUCUCAGUCUUCUCCGGAACCUUGAAUGUAACAAU